AUGAAUACUUACUAUCAUCAAAACUGCUCAAACAUUGACCUAUUUGAGAUGGGAGCUGACACAUUGGUUCCAUUUGCGAGAAACAAGACACGCGCUUUUUCAAAUGUCCACUUCAGGAUUCGUUCAAUGAAAGAGCAGGAUUUAACGAGAGUUAAUCAUUUACUUGAUGACAAAAAGUGGAUUAUGGAGAAAGCAUACUUAGACUGUGCAUUUAAAACUAAUCCACGGGAUUUCGAUGUGGCUGAGACGGUAGACAGAGAAAUAAUUGGAUGUUAUUCAUCAUUGUCCUUCACGGAUAAUCUCUAUGUAUCAGGGUUAUGGAUUGUCCACAAAGAUUACAGAUCUUCAAGUGUUGGAUAUAAGCUUGCAAAGACAAUAAAUCGAUUUCCGGACAGAAAUUAUGCUGGAUUUAUCUGGCCACACAUGCAGGACAAGAUUAACAUGAUUACGAAAAGCAACACGACGCAAGCAUACACCACCUGGUACAAUAGCGGGCGGAUUGAACAACAUGUCGAUCUAAAUCCCAGGCAUAAACACGAAGAACAAGUUCUCAUCCAUCCCUUAAAACACUCCACAUUGUCAGCUGUGAUACAGUAUGACACUCAGAUUCACAAAGUUCCACGAAAAGCUUACAUCAUUAAUUGGAUUUCUAAUCCCCAAUCAAAGACCUAUGUUGCGGUAAAAGAUGGCAAACUUUGUGGAUAUGCAGUUCUGAGGUUCCAGGACACAUGCCUCCAAAUCGCUCCACUUUAUGCGAACAAUGAGUAUGUAGCUAACGAAGUAUUUUUAAAAAUUGCAAGUGAAGUUCCUAAGGGUUGCGUUGUUGGUUUCACGAGUCCAUUAGAAAAUAACGCAGCAACCAAAUUAGCAGCGAGGUAUGGAAUGAUGGGACAAGGAAUGCCUCUGUUGAUGGUAUUCAGACACGAUCCGAUACAUCUUGAUAUCAACAAAAUAUAUGCUCUAUCUUCUACAUCGUUUGGUUUGUGUUAA